GUUGAAAGCAGCGCAUCGUCCCUUAAAUUACAAGCGUUCAUAUGAACAGCUCACUUGUAGUCCGCAUAGAAAAUGUCCUCGAUGUCUCAGAAACCCUCACCGGAAGCACUCUCUCCUUCAAAGCCUACGGCGUCCCCCGCCGCAGUGCGGGCCGCAAGUGAUCCAACGGAACAAUCGACUUGGCCCCUCUACGCAGACCUUUGGUUUACACACGCUGUGAUAUUUCGCGGCCUAUGCCAUCUAGUGUUCUGGUGCUUCCCCGAUUCCUACUGGACGAAACGCAUUCCCCUUCUCUUUGAAUUCGCUUUCGGCCUGUUGGGCUGGAUCAUCCUCCUCAAAUGUUUCUUUAUGCGGAGCGCGAAAUUGGAUGUCGAUCAGCGGUUGGGUUCAAAAUGGUUGACAGCUUUUGUAUUGGGUGCAAGUGCGGCCAUACCGUUGCUGUAUUUGCAAAAAGACAUGGAACUCGAUGACGAUCAAGUAUCACGGACACUCAAUUUGUGGUCUGGCUCAUUUACGAUUGUUGGUGCAAUGGCUAAUUGGUUCAAGUACAAGGAGCUUUGCAAGCAGCUGUGGGAUGACUGUUGCCAGGGAUAUGUACAGGCCAAAUCAUGUGUACGUGCGGAUCAGUGCGCCAGCGAUGAGAAGGAUGAGGUUGGUCUAUCACCGGUUGCGAAACAGUGAUUCCAGGCUCGGUCGAAUUAGCCUGUAUGUGCACCUAUUAUCGAACAGAGAUUAAAGACUUGUCAGCGUAUGAUAGGUGCCUUUCAGGUACCUUGAAAUGGGCAAUCAGCAGCCAAGCUCAAAGUCAUUCUGGUCUGUUUGCAGGGCAUAAUGAUAGGAGUGCAGUUCAGAGACUAGAUGUCAGUCGGUACUCCAGGGCAAUUAAUUAUGCAUGGAGUGCUUAAGGAAUUAGAUGACCGUAAAUGUACGUAACUACUAUCGUCAAAUUAUUUAAAGACAGUGGAAGC